GGAGCACGAAGGGAAACUCAAUUGCUUCUAUCUCUUCUGCAAUGGCAAAAUCAAUGAAGUUGGUCGCUAUGUUUGCUCAGUGGACCGCGCUGGGAAACCUCCUAAAUCUGUCCCAGCUCCGUCUACGCAGGCGGUGACGUCAGAGGCAGACUCCCGCUGGCGACGCAGGAUUUUUAGGAGUUACUAGAGCGCAGGCAGAGUCAUACCUCAGCGCAUUUUCAAAGAGAAUAAAAACAACGACAAACGCCUGAAAUUUAAAAGAAAAGAAGAAAAAAAAACCGACUCAGCCCUGCACAGUUCUUUUUAAUUUAUUUAACAUUUUGUUGCGUACCACUUGACAAGGCGUGGACGAUAAAAAAGAAAAACAGCUACUAAACAGAAUCCGGUCUGCUGCCAUGGACAGUGUGAAGAUGGAAUCUGUCCAGAUUAAAGAGGAGUUCCCUGAACUUGAACUUGUCCCCAUUAGAGUGGAGUUCUCUGGGCUGGCUUCCCUCCCCAUUAAACAGGAGCUCUGUGAGAUACAAUGUGACAGCAGUCAGCCAGAGGUCUCUGACAUUAAAGCUGAGCACAAUGAAUUGGAGAUCCCCCAGAUGGAAGAAUCCCUUCCUGUGAAACAAGAAGAGGUUCUGGAAACUGUCCGUAUUAAACAGGAGCCCCCUGAAGUAGAGUUUGACGACAUGGAACCAGUGAAGGAAGAAUCGGAGGACUUCAAACCAAACAUCCUUGAGCAGGAGCCUGUACGCCUGCGGGAGUGUAGCGUGGUGCUGGAGAGAAUCUGCGUGAGAGAGCAAGGCGCUGGAGAGGAAGGCUCUCCCAACAGCACGCAAGGAGGUGGAAAGGAAGACGGGCGCUCCCAUUCAGAAUGCAGUCUAGCAGGUUCCAGUCCAGCAGCAGGCAGUGGAAAAUAUCCUGACUGUGGGAAAGGUUUCACCCAGUUAGGACACCUGAAAACACACCAGCGAAUUCAUACAGGAGAGAAACUGUAUCGCUGCUCUGACUGUGGGAAGAGUUUCAGUCGGUUACGAAACCUGAAAGCACACCAGCGAAUUCACACAGGAGAGAAACCAUAUGGUUGCUCUGACUGUGGGAAGAGUUUCAGGCAUGCAGACUCCCUGAAUAAACACCAGCGAAUUCAUACAGGAGAAAAACCGUAUUGCUGCUCUGACUGUGGGAAGAGUUUCAGAGUUUCAGAACAACUGAAAACACAACAGCGAAUUCAUACAGGAGAAAAACCGUAUUGCUGCUCUGACUGUGGGAAGAGUUUCAGAGUUUCAGAACAACUGAAAACACACCAGCGAAUUCAUACAGGAGAGAAACCGUAUUGCUGCUCUAUCUGUGGGAAGAGUUUCAGUCGGUUUGGACACCUGAAAUCACACCAUCAAAUUCACACAGGAGAGAAACCGUAUUGCUGCUCUGACUGUGGGAAGAGUUUCAGGCAUGCAGACUCCCUGAAUAAACAGCAGCGAAUUCAUACAGGAAAAAAACCAUAUCCCUGCUCUGACUGUGGGAAGAGUUUCAGAGUUUCAGAACAACUGAAAACACACCAGCGAAUUCAUACAGGAGAGAAACCAUAUUGCUGCUCUGACUGUGGGAAGAGAUUCAGUCAGUUAAGUAACCUGAAAACACACCAGCUAACUCACACAGGAGAGAAACCGUAUUGCUGCUCUGACUGUGGGAAGAGUUUCAGAGAAAGAGGAGCCCUGACAAAACAUGAGCAAAUUCACACAGGAGAGAAACCGUAUUGCUGCUCUAUCUGUGGGAAGAGUUUCAGUCUGUUUGGACACCUGAAAUCACACCAUCAAAUUCACACAGGAGAGAAACCGUAUUGCUGCUCUGACUGUGGGAAGAGUUUCAGCCACACAGAAUCCCUGAAUAAACACCAGCGAAUUCAUAGAGGAGAAAAACCGUAUCGCUGCUCUGACUGUGGGAAGAGUUUCAGAGAAAGAGGAACCCUGAGAAAUCAUGAGCGACUUCAUACAGGAGAGAAACCGUAUUGCUGCUCUGACUGUGGGAAGAGUUUCAGGCAUGCAGACUCCCUGAAUAAACACCAGCGAAUUCAUACAGGAGAGAAACCGUAUUGCUGCUCUGACUGUGGGAAGAGUUUCAGAGAAAGAGUAACCCUGACAAAUCAUGAGCGAAUUCACACAGGAGAGAAACCGUAUUGCUGCUCUGACUGUGGGAAGAGUUUCAGUCUGUUAGGAAACCUGAAAAGACACCAGCAAAUUCAUACAGGAGAGAAACCGUAUUGCUGCUCUGACUGUGGGAAGAGUUUCAGAAAUUCAGGAAAACUGAAAACACACCAGCGAAUUCACACAGGAGAGAAACCGUAUUGCUGCUCUGACUGUGGGAAGAGUUUCAGUCUGUUAGGAAACCUGAAAAGACACCAGCAAAUUCAUACAGGAGAGAAACCGUAUUGCUGCUCUGACUGUGGGAAGAGUUUCAGUCGGUUAAGUAACCUCAAAAAACACACCAGCAAACUCACACAGGAGAGAAAUUGUAUCAGUGCUCUGACUGUGGGAAGAGUUUCAACAAGUUAGGACAUCUUCAAACACACCAGUGAAUUCACACCGGAGUCAAACCCUAAGGACCAUGUUCAUUCAGAAAGAAACAUUACCUUACAUCAGCGCUCCAGAUAAGGUUUUGGGUCUGGGAGUAACUUACCCUUUUAACACUGAGAGUAAAAUGUUUUUCAGGGGGUAAAAUGCAACAUUACCUUGAAGUCCUGAGUAAUCUCGAUAAAUACUGUACAAUCUUUGAUGCUAAUGGGCAGGCAUUAAAAAAGCCUUCCGUUUUAACUGCAAUGUUUCUUUGAACUACAGUACAAACACAGCUCUACAAGGUUCUUUAUCGGCUCAGCACAUUUUUUUUUCGAUGUAUCACACUGACUCUGCAACUCAAUUACAUUAUAUUUUAACAUUAACCUCUUUUGCGAUACGGACGUACCUGGCACGUCAUGAUUAAAAACAUGGUUAAAAAUGUUUAAAAAAAAAAAAAAAAUCUGGAUUGCUGUUUUUUCACUCGGGGUGGCUCAUCGAGGAGUUAUUACACAACAUAUUAAUGUCAUUAUAUUACACAGAUAAAAUAUAUUUGAUGUGAUGCAGUUGUUAAAUGUAAUUUACAGCCUAUUUGAAUGCAAGCAGUGGCCAUCUUUGGCUUGUACUGGAAACAUCCAGAAUGAAUUUAAAACAAUCUGUGUGUAACUUUUGUUUUCUUUUCAAUGAGGAUUGAUCAUAAAAAAAGUUUACCUUUUGAUUAUUAGCUGUUUUAUCGAGCUGUGCUUCAUGAAAUCAGCUUUGAAGUAACAUACGACUAUUUGUCUUUGUCUUGUUUUGUUCAUGUGACAGAGAGGAAGAUACUUCCUGCUCCUGACUGUCAUCGUGUGACACCAUUGUAAUGUACAGAGUGUGUGGGAGCUACUGUAUCAUCGUGUGACACCAUUGUAAUGCACCGAGCGUGUGGGAGCUACUGUAUCAUCGUGUGACACCAUUGUAAUGCACCCAGCUUGUGGGAGCUACUGUAUCAUCGUGUGACACCAUUGUAAUGCACCGAGCGUGUGGGAGCUACUGUAUCAUCGUGUGACACCAUUGUAAUGUACAGAGUGUGUGGGAGCUACUGUAUCAUCGUGUGACACCAUUGUAAUGUACAGAGUGUGUGGGAGCUUCUGUAUCAUCGUGUGACACCAUUGUAAUAUACAGAGUGUGUGGGAGCUACUGUAUCAUCGUGUGACACCAUUGUAAUGUACAGAGCGUGUGGGAGCUACUGUAUCAUCGUGUGACACCAUUGUAAUGUACAGAGUGUGUGGGAGCUACUGUAUCAUCGUGUGACACCAUUGUAAUGCACCGAGCGUGUGGGAGCUACUGUAGUGCCAACUUUAAAAAAAGUGUCGUAAACUCAGCGAUCAUAGGGUAAAAAUAAACAUUAGGAACCGUGUGUUUUUUGUAUAUAGCUACUGUGAGUGAAACCUUGUAUCUCAGACUUGUUGUGUCUGGUUCAGUUGGUUGGAGAGGAACUGUUAAGCUAAUGAGUUUGAGCAUAUAAUUGAUAUAUUUUACAUAUUUUUCGAAUACUGUAUCUUAUUUUUGUAAUCCCUGUAGUUAUAUUUCUUACUUUAAUAAAUUUAUAUUAGAUCUAA